AUGUCCAUCAUUUUGCAUCAUUUAUCUAGCAUUCAAACCCUAUCACUUUCAACGUACGUAUUUGUUUUAACUAUACUUAUAGUGCCUAAUACACAACAACAGUUAAAUGAUGCAAAUAAUCAAAGAUAUCAAAGUACGCCACAAAAAUAUGCAAUUAUAACAACAGGUGGAUCACAUAAAUCUUAUUUUCCACAAAAAGAUGCAUAUGAUGCAGAUUAUUCACGUAAAGUGAAUGUUAAAGUUAGUGAUAUUUUAACACGGCAAGCGGUAGCUGCAGCCUCUUCUCAACUUCUACAACCACCGAUAACUCCGACGACAAAUACUGUACAUAGAGCGAACAAUCUGGGAAAUGGUAAACCAAAAUUAUCUGGUCGGCCACGUUCAGGUGGGACUAGCACGAAUCCCGAUUAUUUUUCGACUAGUCAGAGGGCUCAAAUCGUUGUCAAACCUCCUGGGAGCAUUGACAAGAAUUCUUUACUUCUACCGUCUAAAAUUUCACAACAUUCAAUAGUUAAUGAAGAUCGUUCAUGGCCACCUGAACACUCACAUGAAUUUGAAAGAGUUGAUGUACGUGUUCUAGGUGAACGAAUAGACAGUAAAGCAUUACUUCAAUUACGUCCAAGUUCUACUGCUGCAUCAAUACGUAAAUUACGUCAAAUACUUGGUUCUGAUUUACAAAAUGAUUGGAUGUCUAUAGAAACUCCGUCAAAUUUACAAAUUUCAUCUAGUAAAAGUACACGUUCAACAUUAUCACCAAAUAUUCCUAAACCUGAUAAUUACUUAUUGAAUGCUGUAGAUGAAUUAAAUUUUACUGUUUUUCGUCCAGUAAAUAAUGAUGGAUUAAUUUAUCCGAUUAAAAUGACUAUUGAUCAAGUGAAUAUAAUGAAAACUUGGUUAUUACAACGUGCAACAUGUGCUAUGGAGUAUAUAUGGGAAGAUUUAGGACCGUUAUUUUGGCCUAGAUGGAUUAGACGUGGAGUUUGUGUGAAUAUACAUUCCUGUUCUUGGCCGCCUGGUAUGCGUUGUCGUUCAAGUGGUUCACGAUCACUGAAACUAUUGAGAUGGGUUUGUAAGAACGAUUCAGGCAAAGAAGCAUCGAAUAGACGUAGAAGAGAAUUUCAAACAAAUCUUUUAGGUCGUCUCAGUAGAGAUGUUAAUUCACAUCAAACAUUUGUAGAGGAACGUAGAUCGAAACGUGUGCGACGUUUAAUACGUAAACUUAGUUUAACAGCUAAUGGUUAUCAUUGCGAAUGGAAUCGUUAUGAAUACAUGGUCAGUGACCAUUGUACAUGUGGAUGUGAACAGUCGACAAUAAAUUCCAAUGGAAGAUAA